AUGAAUAAUACAACCAUCAACAUCUAUGAUAAUCAGGCUUAUUUGAUUUCAAUCAUUGAUCUUUUAAAUAAAACUAUUUCACAAUUUGGUCUUGGUCUUAUUAUGAUCAUGGGCAACAUUGGAUCGGUGUUAACUUGUAUUGUCUUCUAUCAACCAACAUUUCACAAAAAUCCUUGUGCUAUGUAUUUCCUUGCUUCAAGUUUUUCACAAUUUUUCACUUUUAAUUUUUCUCUUCUCACUCGUAUGAUUCACUAUGGAUACAAUAUUCAAACUCUUAAUACUUCUCUUUGGUAUUGUAAAAUUCGUUCUUAUUUAUUUUAUCUAUUUAUAGCCAUUCCUCGUUAUAACAUCAUUUUUGCGUCGAUUGAUCGUUACUUCGCUAGUUCUCGUGAUGCUCUUCGUCGUCAGUGGAGUUCAUCAAAGAUUGCUUUUCGUCUUAUCAUCGGAAAUAUCUUCUUCUGGUGUAUUUUGUAUAUUCAAGUAAUUAUUUUUUAUGAUAUUACCACUGGUACCUGUUACUAUCAAUCGGGAGCUUAUGGAAUGUUUUUUAGUAUUUAUAUAUCAAUUGAUAGUGGUAUUCUUCCUACAUGUCUUAUGCUUGUCUUUGGCUUAUUAACCCUCAACAAUGUUCAUCAAACUAGAAAACGAAUUAAUCCAGGUCUACAACCUGAUAGAACUCGAUCUAUUCAUUCUGGUAAAUUGUCAAAGAAAGAUGUUCAAUUUCAUAGGAUGUUAGCAAAUCAAAUUUGUCUUUUUGUCAUUCUAAAUUUACCGAAUCCAUGUUAUCUUAUUUAUCGAUCAAGCACGAUAUAUGCAGUGAAAUCACCACUUCGUCGUACAGUUGAAUCGUUUGUCGGCAAUAUGACAUAUGUUCCGAUUUAUCUUGGAUUCUCAUUGACAUUUGCUAAUUUUGCGAUAUCAUCACAGAUAUUUCGACAAGAAUUUAUUCGAUUCAUUCAAACAAAAAUACUUUGUCGACCUGUAGCUUCUGUAACAAGAGGUCGAAUAAUAGCAGUAAGAGCUCUUCGUUCAAAAGAAGAAAACGAAUAA